AUGAAGAUGAAAAGCCUCGAUGAUCUCGCACGAGAGUAUGAGAACAAUAUGCGCUACAAACAAGCCCGACCCGCGCAAGCGAAAAACGAACCCGUGUCCCCGGCUGAUCUAAGAUUCUGGACGCGUUUCAACGACACCCUCACUUGGAUUAAAGCAGAGCGCGGCCAGCUCCAGAAGUAUCUUGACAACAAGAGCUACGAGUUCGGCGCUGUGGUUGCCACAUCCGGCCUGACAUCACGACAACAGGAGCCACGCUUCUCACAAGUCAGUUCACCUUUGGUCUUCCUGGACUGGGCCCUUGUCCGCAUGCGAGUAAAUCGACGGCCGGGCGAGAACAAGAUAAAUAUCCUAGCCCCUGAUAAUCGCAUUUCUACUAAGCACGUUCGUCUUUUUCUAGUCUCCAUGUCCAUCUAA